AUGGACCCUGAACUACAAGCCAUUCGCGAGGCAAGACUGCAAGAACUCAAACAGCACUCCGGUUCUUCCAGCAAUGCACCUGCGGACCAAAAGCCCGCUGGUGAAUCGGUAGCCGCGCUGCUUCAACCACAAGCUCUCGAGCGCCUAUCUCGAGUGUCACUGGUCCGCCCGGAUCGCGUGCGCGCCGUUGAGGCAUAUCUCCAGCAGCUUGCCGCCAGAGGCCAGAUUUCCCGCAAAGUGACCGAAGAAGAGAUUGUGGAAAUCCUCAACGGUGUAGCCCGCGAUGAAAACCGGAAGAACAAUACCAAGAUCAUCUUUGAUCGUAGGGAUCAAUUUCCAGUGGAUGGUGCCAAUGCCGCCAAAUCCGUCACGGACGACGACGACGAUGACGACGACUUUUUUGAUUAG